AUGGCUUCCAAACAUGUCUCCAAGCCUCUGUUGAGGCUGGCCAAUCCAUCUCAUCAGCCAUGCCGCUCCUUCUCCAGACCCGCGACGUCGCUAUUGUCUAGCAACACGACGACCACAACCUUCCCCGCACGACCGAGAGCGCUUGCAACCCGGAGCACGAGACCAGCAGUAUUUGUUGCCGGCCAGAGACGAUCGAUAUCUGCAAGUCUGCAGCGUCGGUAUGCCGACGUCGAGGUUGACGAAGGGUUCGACCCGGCCAGCAUAGAGCGGGAGUCGGACGAGGUCGAUGUGUGCAUUGUGGGCGCAGGGCCCGCUGGCUUAAGUGCUGCAAUCCGGUUAAAACAGCUGGCCAAUGAGGCGGGAAACGAAGAAUUCCGAGUGGUGGUCUUGGAAAAGGCCGGCGAGGUGGGCGCACACAUCUUGUCAGGGAACGUGCUGGAGCCAAGGGCGAUCAAUGAGUUGAUCCCGGACUGGCUGGCCGAGGACAAUGAAAACAGAUUCACAGGCGCCACGCCUGCCGGGUCGGACAAGAUGCGCUUCUUGACCAAGACCGGCGCCCUUCCUCUGCCCGCGCCCCCACAGAUGCACAACAAGGGAAACUACAUUAUCAGUCUAAGUCAAUUCGUCAAAUGGCUCGGCGAGCGCGCUGAAGAGGUGGGAGUCGAGAUCUACGCUGGCUUCGCCGGGGCCGAGAUACUCUACAACCAUGAGGGUGCGGUCAAGGGCGUCGCGACUAAUGACCAAGGUGUUGGACGGGAUGGCAAGGCCAAACCAAACUUCGAACGGGGUAUGGAGUUCCAUGCGCGAGUCACCUUGCUGGCCGAGGGAUGCCAUGGUAGCCUCACGAAACAGGUCUCCAAGAAGUACGACCUCCGAAGGGAUUGCCAGCCGCAGACGUAUGGCCUGGGAGUGAAAGAGGUGUGGGAGAUCCAGCCCGAAAAGUUCAAGAAGGGCGAAAUCUCUCACACCAUGGGCUACCCUUUGUCCAGAGACACAUACGGCGGCGGUUGGAUGUAUCACUUCGGCGACAACCUUGUGAGUUUGGGGCUAGUCGUCGGCCUGGACUAUUCAAACCCUUGGAUUUCUCCAUACGGCGAAUUCCAAAGGAUGAAACUGCACCCAUUCUAUAGGUCGGUACUGGAAGGCGGCAAAUGUAUCGCAUAUGGAGCUCGGGCUCUGAACGAGGGCGGAUUCCAGUCUAUACCCAAGUGUGCAUUUCCUGGUGGAGCAUUAAUCGGCGACACUGCUGGAUUCCUCAACGUGCCCAAGAUCAAAGGCACGCACACGUCAAUGAAAUCGGGCAUGUUGGCUGCCGAAGCAGCGUUUGAAGCCCUGAACAACAACAAGGCUGAAGCCACGAUCUUCCUGUAUAACUACGAGGACGCCCUGCGAGAGAGCUGGAUCUGGCCGGAGCUCAAAGCUGUGCGAAACAUGCGUCCAUCAUUUCACAACCCCCUCGGGAUUUAUGGCGGCAUCAUGUACUCUGGACUGGAGGCCUUCCUGUUCCGCGGCCAUACGCCUUGGACAUUGAAGCACAAAAAGCCCGACUGGGCCAACACAAAGCCUGCCGAUGAGUGUCCCAAGAUCGAGUAUCCCAAGCCGGAUGGCGAAAUCACUUUCGACAUUCUGACCAGUGUGUCCCGGACGGGAACGAACCACGAGGAAGAUCAGCCCGUCCACUUGCAGGUUAAAGAUUGGGAAGAACAUGCCCGGAAAGAAUGGCCCAAGUACAAAGGCGUGGAGAAUCGCUUUUGUCCCGCUGGAGUGUAUGAAUAUGUUGAGGAUGACACCAAGGAUGUUGGAGUGAGAUUUCAGAUCAAUGCCCAGAAUUGCAUCCACUGCAAAACCUGCGACAUCAAGGUGCCUGAUCAGGACAUCAACUGGCAGACUCCUCAGGGUGGCGAAGGGCCGAGUUACAGUAUUACUUGA